AUGGGUAGGCUUGUUGUCGGGGCGCGCUCGGCGCCCGAGAGGUGCGGCUCCGGGCUCGGCAUCGGCGGUGGAGAUGAGGCAGCGCUGGCGGCGGCGGAGGAGACGAAGUUGGCGGCGGUGCUCGAGGAGAGCGCGAGGCUGGAGGACGAGGCGAGGCGCGCAACGGAGGAGCAGGCGCCUCCCGCCGAGUCGGCCGACGACCUUCCGCCGAGUGAGGAGCGGCCCGCUGCGGCGCUCUCGCUAGCCGACGCCAACUUCGACACGGGUCGCGCAGCGAUCCCAGAGUCCACCAUGGGCGGGGAGACCACGUGCAUAGUAUGCUUCACCCGGCCCAAGACACACGUGGCCGGGCCUUGCGGCCAUCAGUGCGUCUGCGGUCCUUGCUCCGAUCGGCUGCAGCUGUGCCCAUACUGCCGCGAGCCGGUGGUGAUGUGGAUCGCGACACGCAUUGUCUAG